GUCAAAACAUUUUUAUACGUACAAUAAAUGGGUAAAUUUCGGUUAUGCUAGAUACAGCAACCGCUAUAUUUUACACAUCCCUUUUAGCAUGUGUACCUCUUGGUUGCUUAUAUAAAACCAUUGAAGAUGAGCAAAAGCGGCGUGCAUUAGGUACUGGGACAGGAAUACUGAUUGCACUAAUUAUUUGUGGUCCCAAAGUAUUUUACACAGUUUUAUUGGUAUCGGGAAAUAUUAUUUUGAUUAAAUGCUGCGAUAAACGUUACGUCCAUAAAAUGAGCCUCUCGUUUACAUGGAUGUUCCUUCUAUAUUUAUAUUUCCAUGUUGGAUGCACAAAAUACGCUGGAUGGUUAUUUCAAACUUUAUCAUUACGGCUGGUCGGUUUAGCUUUUGAAAUUAACAUUUAUGAUCAAUCUACGAGCAAGACUGAAACCAAAACUGCUCCUCAUAAAGUUCCCGCGAGUUUACCUGAUGAAAGAGUUACUCAAUUAUCUGCGGCUGACAUCGCCACGUAUGCAUACUUCUUUAUUGGUAUACAUAAAGGGCCGUAUUAUACGUGGAAAACCUUCAACGACCAUUUAAACAGCACUGCCAGCGUGCAAGGCGAUUUCUGGGUGGUCACCGAGCAGAAGCUGAGAAAGACUUUGUUGCUAACACUGGGAUAUUUUGCCCUGCGGUCGAAUUACCCGAUCUCCAUGUACGAAGAUGAUGAGUUUUACACAAACUAUGGCACCGAUUAUCGAUUCUUAUUCUGCAUGCCACAACUAGUGAUUUACUACUUGGAGUCCCAGAUCAUCCUGAUGAUUACCACCAGCGCGUGUUCGGGAGCGGGGUUUGGCGUGUAUCCUGCUAAGGCCAUGGCGGUCCCGGGAGCUGGACCUACAAGGCCGGUCGUAGGACCAGAACUGCCACCAGAUAAAGAAGAAUACAAUUUUUCAAUGCUAAAAUGUUUCGAUAACGAGAAAAUAUUGAUGGGCCCGAAAAUGAAAGACACGAUACGAGGCUGGGACAUGGCCACGCGGUACUGGUUCGCGCAAUACAUCAUCAAGAAUCUUAUUAAUAACAAUUUCGAAGUAAGAAGCGCAUGCUCAUUUCUGCUUUGGACGAUUUGGACGGGUUCCAAAAUUCAAGAUACAAUCAUGGCACUGACCCUCUGGGUCUACAUUCACUUGGAAUCCGAUUAUUCUCAGUUAUACUCGGAAUCGCUAACAGGUCCAUGGAAUCUUGGCUUCGCGAUAAUGCGUAUUCUCUGCUUAUGCUAUCUUACGCCAUGUCUCAUCAUAGAAGACUGGGCCGUAGCCCUAAGAUAUUACAAUUCAAUCUACUGGGUAUACCACAUUGUACUCGGAGUUCUGACCGUCACAGCGAUCGCUGUAGAUAAAAAUAGAGCAAGAGUGCGGUUCGUCUCAAAUGCAGAUGCUCUAAAAGAUGUUCCCCCGAGUAAAAUUAAAACUGAGGACAUGGCAUCAGCAAGCAAGCCUGAAAGCACGAGCCAGGACACCGGACCAUCUACAAGUGGGAAUAAAUGACACGGGUUAUUAAAACUAUCCUUUGCAUUGUCACUUUCUGCUAUGUAUUUGUGCACACCUUUCUCUGUCCCUCUGCAGAGACUGUCCGAUGACUGGAUAGAUGUAUUUACCCCUAAUAAUGGCUGCACCGUUAAUUGUAGUCGCGUAACCUGUAUCGUGCACUGCCGCAUCCUUGUGGCAUUGACAAAAAAAAAGAAGACUGGCGAUAGCGGGAGCAUCGAAAUUUCGUAUACAUGUCCUCCUGUUACUCUUGCAUAUUCGAGAAAGGCAACAGACACUGACGGGACUAACAUAUGAACGAGCAAUGUGCUUCGCAGUUUUAGCCCAGUUUUGGCAUGUGGUCUGGAUGGUUAACCGGAUUGACAACAUUUGCCAGAAAUAUAAAGGAGUCGUCCAGCGCCAUCUAAUUCAGUGACCAAAACAGGUCUAUAUUCUUGAAGUGCCCUUUUGUAUAUUUAGUUGUUUUGUAAUAAAACCUGUCAAAGUGUU